AUGAUGAACCAGGUGGUCGGACCGGACGGCAGGCGGAUGUUCCGGCCGACGAUGCCGGUCCAGCAGAUCAACACGACGAGGCUCUACAGGGGAGUGCGGCAGAGGCAUUGGGGGAAAUGGGUGGCGGAGAUUCGCCUCCCGCGCAACCGCACACGACUCUGGCUCGGCACCUUCGACACCGCCGAGGACGCCGCCAUGGCCUACGACCGCGAGGCGUUCAAGCUCCGCGGCGAGAACGCCCGGCUCAAUUUCCCGGAGCUCUUCCUCAACAAGGAAAAACCCUCUGUUUCUUCUCCGCCUUCCCCUGUUCCAACUUCAUAA